AUGGACCUCACUAUUCUGUGGGUGCUUCUGCCACUGGUCACUGUGGCCUGGGGCCAGUAUGGUGACUAUGGAUACCCGUACCAGCAGUAUCGCGACUACAGUGAUGACGGAUGGGUGAAUCUGAACCGGCAGGGCUUCAGCUACCAGUGUCCCCAUGGGCAGGUGGUGGUGGCUGUGAGGAGCAUCUUCAGCAAGAAGGAAGGUUCUGACCGACAAUGGAACUAUGAAUGCAUGCCCACACCCCAGAGCCUUGGGGAACCUUCGGAAUGCUGGUGGGAGGAGAUCAACAGGGCUGGAAUGCAAUGGUACCAGACGUGCUCCAACAAUGGGCUGGUGGCAGGGUUCCAGAGCCGCUACUUCGAGUCAGUGCUGGAUCGUGAGUGGCAAUUUUACUGCUGUCGCUAUAGCAAGAGGUGCCCGUAUUCCUGCUGGCUGACAACAGAUUAUCCAGGCCACUAUGGUGAAGAGAUAGACAUGGUCUCCUACAGUUAUGAUUAUUAUAUGCGAGGAGCGGCGACCACAUUCUCUGCAGUGGAAAGGGAUCGUCAGUGGAAGUUCAUAAUGUGCCGGAUGACUGACUAUGACUGUCAAUUUGAAAAUGUUUAGAUUUGCCUAGUGUCGUAUCUGGGUGAAGAGAAUGGGGC